AUGUCUAAAGAAGAGCUUAACAACGAGAUCUCCGAUAGUCAAACAGAAAACACGCCAGCCGAUAGCGACUUGAAUACGCAACAAAAUGUGGAGCCCAAUUUAAUACAGGAAAGUAGUGACACUAAUCAAUUGCCGAAUAAAACUGAUCAUAAAAUAAAUAGCGACUCAUUGGAUGAAAGUAGGGAUUCUAAUUUAAUAUCGGAGGAUUUAAAGAAUGUAAAUAAACAUGAUGAUAGUGGCUCUGUUAAUGAAAAAUCGACCUUAGAUAUUGAAAAGUCGGCCGAUUCAAACAAUAUUGAUGAUAAAAGUCAGUCACAAUGUCUUACGGAAGUAAGCAGCAGAAACGAAUCUGACAGCACAAAUUUGGCUGAAAACGCGGUAUUAGCUGCAGAAUCCAAUAAAAGUGGUGGUGAAAAUAUAGAAAGCUCUCGUGAAUCAUUGCCAAAAUCUGUCUUGCACUCGGAAGCGGACAUUAAGGAAAGUCAGGACAAUAAGGAUUCUAAAAGUGUUACAUCAGGAGCAGUUGCUGAUGAUAAAACUGAUGUUGAGGGGGAAAUUGGCAAAGCUGACAAUAAAUCAACUGGCCUUUGUACUGAUAGUGGACCUCAUUUUUCAAAACCUGAUUCAUCAGAUAUUUUAAAGGAUAAAGAGGAAAAGGAAAAGGACACUGGAGACGAACCUGAGGUAAACGAAACUUUAGAAAAUAACGCGGAUGAGAAACAAAAUAUAACAGAAACAAAUCUUCCGGAGGAUCUUGUGAAAGAGCGAGAAGCUGAUACAGAAGCUUUAAGUAGGGCGUCCGAUGAAAAUAAAGGUGAUACUCAAGUUGACAAAACAGACACAGAAGCGUAUGAGGACGACUUUGAAGAAUUAACUGAAGACGAUAAGAACAAAGUAAAUACGGACUUAGAUCAUACUGAUGUAGAUAAUCAAGAAAAUGAAAGCAAAUGUAAAGGUGAGAGUAGUGAAAAUAUAAAGACAUCCAUAAAUGAUACAGGUAAUUUAGAUGACACUGAGACUAAUAGUAAAGAACAUGAACGUACAUCUAAUGCAGGUGAGAGUAGCGAGAACUUAAAUAUAAACGAAAACGGUUCAAAAGAAACAACCGAAGAUCAGAAAAAUGCUACAGUUGAAACAAAUGUAGGUGAAAACAAAACAUCUGAUGACUCUGAUAUUAAUAUUAAAACAAAAACUGACAAGGAAAGUGUGGACAGUAACAGUAGUAAGAGUGUCAACAAAGAACGCGAAGAAAAGGAAUUAACUGAGAUUGUCAUAGACGAAGACGGUAUUCCAAAAGUAGCAAUAACAACAGUUCCUGACAGACCGCCAUCAUCACAAGCUGGUGAUUCAGAAGAUAAAUCGGAUCCUUUUGAAGAUUUCGAUUUCGACACAGCCGGUCAAGACAGAAAUAAACCAGAAUCAAAGGAAUCUGAAGAGGCAAGCCGGGCCAAGGAAGAGCAAAAGUCUGAAAAACAAGAAGAAGAAGACAGAAUGUCUGACAAAGUCGAGAUGGAGAAUGCGGGAAAGGAUGACACCGGCGAUUCUGUCAUAAACGAGAAGGACAAUGAAAGUGGAAAAGGUGAUGUAAGCGAAGCUCAAACUGGAGAACAAGAUGCUAUAGAAACAGAAGAACCCGGAACUAAAGACGAAAGUAACAAAGAAAAUGAACAAAUAGCAGAUACUAAAGUAGAUAAAACGGAAAGUCAGUCUGAUGAGCCCGCCCCGCAAAAUAAAGAUGGUGGCACAGUUACUGAGAAAGUCACCGAAAAUGACAAUUCCAAGAACAGUACCCCUAUUCCAAAAGCAGAAGAAAGAUCAAAAUCGCCAGAGCCUGUCCCAGUACCAAAACAAGAAAGUCCUUUAGAACAAAUGCUGAAGAGAAAUGUGAAAAUAGACGGCACGGUAGAUUCUGUGACGGAACUGGAGACAAACGUGACAACACUGUUAAAUAGCAUGAAAGAUGUAAUGAAAUAUUACUCAGAUUUGUUAAAAUUGCAAGCGUUGAAAGAUUUUACUAACGAUUUAGGAAAGUUUAGAGGUGAUUUCACGUCCAUUAAUGAGGCUUUCAAAAGAUGCAAUUCUAUGUCAAUGAAUGUAAACCAGCACUUAAAGGAACUGCGUCAUGUAACUGAGGAUGUGAGGGCGCAGAUUCAUAGAAAAUUUCAACAAGAAGAUCUCAGUACCUGGGUGGAUAUAUCUCCGGAGAAAGAGAAAGAAAAAGAACGCCUUCAGGAGGAGUCAGUUGCAGCGGAGAGAGCUUCUAUGGCCAAGGCUGCGGAAGCCCGCCAUGCCGUAGCUAUAGCAACUUCCGGUGUUGCCGAAGCAAACCAACUCAUAGCAGAAAUGGAAACACAGGCAGCUGAAGCGCAAGCUAUUUCUCUGAAGGCAGAAGCGCAAGCGCGCACCGCGCUGAUUGCCGCGGAGGAAGCUAAAGUUGCCGCGGAGGAGAGAAGACGAGCCGAGGAAGCGGCGAAAAAGCGAGCAGAGGAACGAGCGAGAAUUAAAGCUGCAGAAGAAGAGAAAAAGAAAGCUUUAGAAGAAAUGAAAAUUCAUCAAGAAGCUGCCGCAAAAGGAACUUCAGUUGAGGAUGAACGCAAAACUUUUAUGGAAGAGAAGAAAAGAAAAGAAGAAGAAAGGAAAAAUCCGAAGAACUGGCCUCGAUUGUCAUACAAAACUGAAGGCGUUGAUUUUAAUCCGGCAGUUGGCUGCAUUAUCCGGGCAAUUGAAGGGAGCAUGCGUAACACCGAUGUCAAGUGUUCAUAUGUAGACCAAUCAGAAGGCAUUUUAACGCUCGGAAAUACCGAGGAACUUGUCAGUAAUAUAAUCCAAGUUAAACAGACAGAAGAGGACAGGGCUUUUACGUUUGAAGAGCCCUUGUCCGUAGCCCUGCCAGUAUGUAUUAGUCGGAUACCCACGGGAAAGGAAACUGUCGUUAAACAAAUGAUGUCGAAUGGUGCAUGGAGAGAGCUUCCGACGGCAGACGUUCAGUUUGAAGAUUAUAGAGAAUUGAAGUUUGUUGAAGGGCGGUGCAGUAAAUUUGGAACAUUCGUCGUUGUAUUGAGACCUAAGAAAGACACGCUGCAGUUUCAAAAGAAAGGAUGCAAGCUUCUUUGUAGUUCGGAUUCUAGAAUUUCCUUCUCAAGCAGACCUGGAACAUUCAAGCAAAAUAUCAACGCCAUACUAGAGGUCCAGACACUAGAUUCCAAUGCUGUCCAUGACCUCAAAACGAGAUUUUCUAAAGAGUGCGAGGAUCUUCUUACUGCAAGCCCUUUUAUCAAGUUCUCCAUGCCUGUAAGGACGUUUGAGAAGCCUCUGACCCUGACCUUGCCGCUACCACAGACUCAGACCCGACAGAAAAGACCGGCGACCGGUAUUACGCGAGAGACGAGGCCAACACAAGAUCUUAGGCCGUCAACUGCACGGCCCUCGACUACAACUGAAGAGGAUGCUACAGAGGAAAUAUUUUUCCUACACCGAGACGACAAGUCAGGUUGGACUGUUAACUCGAAAAUGCAUCUUGUGCAACCAAAGUCCAAGGAUACAGUCACAUUCGACAUAACUCUUCCAUAUGAAAGGAUGCUUCUUCUAAGAACUAAGGCUGGAAAGAGAGAAACAGCUGUUGAGAAAAUGGCAACACUGCUAGAGAAUAUAACAACACAGAGAAACGUAAAGGUGAUAGUCCGUCAACGUAAUGAUGACGUUGCUGACGUCAUGGUCGCGUGUACAAGCUCUAAUAGAGCCGAAAGGACGUUGAAAUACAUGGAAGAUAAUGCUUUCACGGAAGGUCCGAACCCUAGUCCCGACAUUGUAAUAAAAGAGGGUCAGCAGUUGUACAUGAAGUUUAGGGGUAACAUGGAGUGUAUAAGCGAAAAUCCGUCGCUUAGUUUUAUCUACAACACAAAUAUUAGAGCCACAAGGGAAUUUAAAAUCAACGAAAGAGAAGAAUUUGCACAAAAGUCACUUCCCUGCUAUAGGGGAUUUGUACAGAUUUUCACGAAAGCUCUCGUACCGAAGCCUAUACCCGAAGGUGCGCCGAAAAAUGUGCAACCGGAAAUGGUUGAAGCAGAAGUGCUUCUGACCGAACUUCUUGUUGAAUUACCUAAGCCGGAAGCUGAACCACCCAAACCUUUAGCUACGGCGCCACUGCAAUUAAAGGAAGGUCCACUCACAAAUGGUGUAUUGAGGUAUAUAGCUGGUAUGUUAGGUAAAGAAUGGAAGGAGGUGGCUGCCCAUUUAGGUCUAAAACCCAUGCGGAUACAGGCUAUUCUGCGGAACCAUGUUAACAAGGACACGGCUGAGACAAGGUUCGAUAUGCUAGUGACUUGGGCAAAACGAGUCCCGAAAGCUGUAGAUAAGGUACAGAUUUUGUGUAAUGCUCUAACUGCAUGUGGACGAGGGGACGUUGCUGAGGAGGUGCGUCAUAAGGGCCAGCAGUACAAGCAACAAAGGUUCAUGAGUGCUAGAGUGUCGCAUCUCCGCCAAGCCUUCGUGAAGGUUGCAAAAACAACAGCAGUAUUCAACCACUGGAAGAACUUUGCGAAAAACCUUGGUGUUUCUGAAGACGAAAUCAAACGCAUUGACGAAUCAGGUGGUUCUGGACAAGAGAAAUGUUACAACAGUCUGGAGACAUGGAAAGACGUUGCGGGAGAAGAAGCCACGGUCACGUCUUUAGCGACGUAUCUUAAAACAGCUAAACAAGAACGAUUGUCUCGUGAUCUAGAGACAAUGGUUGCAUCGUAAACGUUUGUUAUAUACUGGUGUAUGUGUCACGUGGAGGCAAAGUUCACCUGCGAACAAACCUUGUGAUAGAAACUGAAGCUUACACAUAAUAAAAAACACGUUUAUUCAGUGUAAAGCACACCAACAUUUCAUUUUGCAUUAUAUUAGCUUUAAAAGCUAAACAGACUUACGACAUACAAUUUUACUUGUGGCGAAAACUGCAUAUUCUGAUUCUAGUGUUACAUGCUUAGUCGCGAACCUAAGUUAAACACACAAAGGUACGGAAUUUUCAAAGACUAACGAAACCUUGACUUCGCAGAGGAGAGGGACAAGUGGUUCGCAGUAUGAAAGGGAUUGACGAACAUGCUAAAGGAUGUCGUCUUACAUAUAAAAAAUAUAUUCAUCUGUUACUGUCAUCAAAGCAAUGCUGUGAUAAUCUUGCGUACUUGCGUUUGUGUCUGUUGUGCUGUAAUGUUUUAUAUUUUGUCGCAAACUGAUGUCCAAACUCUUGUUGAUUUUUAAAUUACUUGCAGUCAGAAGCAUGAUUUUGCGGCAGUUUUCUCUAUGAUACGUUUAUACAUGUCACUGUGUUUGUAUUUAGUAGAAUACGUUUUUCGUUGCAUUUUUAACUCCUCACUAGCAGAUCUAAAGUCUUUUUAACUGCUAAGAUAAUAGUACUAACUUCAAAAUUCAGUCAGAUAGUAUUGUCAUAUUGGUCUAUAAUGAACGCUUAAUAAAAAAAAGUAAAAUCAGUCGAGCGCAAAAUAUGCCAAGAAAUAUUUGUCUGUUUGAAACUAAAAACAAACCAAUUGUCUACCAAUAUUAUCUCUUAAUUCACGGCAUAUAAUGAAGUUAUUAUAACACUGUCUGUUUGUCAGACCAAUACAGUGUUCAACGAAGGCGAGUGCUUUGAUUUUGAUUGUUACUUGUGUUUAAACUCUGUUGUUGCUCUUAUGCAUGCUUACAAUAAAUAGAUAGCAAUAUU